AUGGCCGCCAUGCCGAACAGAAGAGACACCAUCAUUCCAUUCUCACAAGGUACAUAUAUUACGUAUCAGUCAUAAUGUUACACUUCAUUCUGCUAACCACUUCUUCACUAAACCAUUUUUCUCUUAACAUAUUGAAGCUUGCUUGAAAUCUGACAUAAAAUUGAUUUAAUGUCUUACUCUGCAUAAUCUCUGUAAGAAAAUGUAAAAAAUACUAGAAAAUAAACAAUAUAGAAAUAAAAGUAGAAAAAUAAUAAUAGUUAUAAUAAUAGUAAUAAUAAUAAUAAUAACAAUAAUAAGAAGAAAAAUAAAACUAAUAAAACUAAUUGCCAUUUGUCCAAACUAAACUUGUGGUAAUUCUGUAUCGAAAUUAUAAUUAACCAUAUUAAUACUUUUUCAGUUAAUCAUAGAACGAAGAAAUUAGGGAGUGUGUAGUAAAAUCCUCCUUCUUUAUAACGUUACGAAAUCUGUAGAAGAGAUUUUAUUAAUAUGUAAUUUGUUAUGAAUCUGCAAAUUGUACCUUCAGACUUCCAAGUUUAAUCAAUUUGGUUAUUUCAAUAGGUAAGCGUCAUUUUGGAUUCGGAUGCGGCUUUGGCGGAUAUGGCGGCUUUGGAGGAUACGGUGGAUUUGGUGGAUGCGGUGACUGGUGCGCUGAUGGAACCAUGUGCCACAACUGCCAGGGUGGUUUUGGUCCUCCCAUUGGUUGUGGAGGUGGAUGUUGUGGUGGCUGCGGAGGUCUCACUUUUCCAUGCACGUUUGGUGCUUCCGUUAACAAUCCUGUCUGUGAGUGUUGUAAGGAGAAACCACCCAAAGGAAUGUGUCAGUGGCCAUGCAUGUGGCCAUGUUGCUGUCAGUGUAAGAUGCCUGAGUUUAAGUUCAAGCCCUUGGAGCCAAAGCCAGUAUGUCAUUCUCACUGUCAUCGCAGAGGACACAGUCACAAAAAAUCCAGUACGUCUUGUUAUAUUAUUUUUCUCAAAACGCCCAAGUAAGUAUUAACAAACAGAAUAUCUUCUACUACUCUAGAGCUCUGAAAAUAAAUAACUUAGCGAUGUUAGAGUCGAGGACCUUUGCCGAUUAAAUUCGAAAUCGAACGUUGCGUUAAGAUUCAGCUUUGAAAUUGAAUAGCAUAGCUUAAAUAUCUUAGUGAAAAUAACGUACAUUUUAAGCAAUUUUGGAUACAUUUUAACGAAUCAAAUUCUAUUAACCCUAUAUUUCAUGAUAUGUAUAUUUUUUGCUGAUAUUUUCUUUUUGUACUUUAUCACAGGCCAACAUGUACAAGCCCCCUUCAAACGUAAUAUGAUGCGUGUAAUGACAGGAGGUGAAUCUCCACAGGCUUAUUCUCCACUCAAUGUUCUUCCUCUGCCUAGUAACCAUUUUCCAAACUAUCAGCACUUUUUCUCAGUAAGCAACCCUGAGGUUAACGCAGAAUCGCGCACAGAAGAUAACAACGAUGCCCAGAACCCUGAAGACUAUCCCCAAUCCGAUGAAAGGCAAUUUGCAGCUGGUUAUCCUGCAUUCAUUUCGCACCCAGUUCCACCCGGACGCGGUUUCUUUCCAGGAAGCAGCUCUUCAUUUAUUGGCCGUUUAUUCCCAGGAGGAUAUUCUCCAUUCAGCUUUCCAACAGUAAACGGCUUUCCCAUUAGACCACAAGCUUUCAUGCAAGCUCCGAAGACGUCUGAACAUUCAGGAGCGAAGGUAAAGGGCAGAAUGUCUAGGACGUGGACCAACUUCCACUCCCUAGGGAGCAAAAGCUUGCCUGAAUAUAAAAAUGUCCCUAAAUACGACAUAUCCUUUCUUGAAUCAACAUAGUGUAGUUAUAACCAAACGGACCUGGGAAUCAUUCACCAAAAUUACCGACGUACGCAGAUGUUUGCUCGGUUUUAUCUUUAUAAACAAAUAUAAACAAAUUAAACUGAGUCAGUUAAGGGAUACAAUUAAGUCAGUUUAGGGAUUGAAUUUUUACUCCUUUUUUAGAUAAUAAUUUUUAGAUUGUGCAGUAAUAUGUACCUGUCCUUAAGUUUAAUUUUUAUAUCUUAAUCUCUUAAGUAUUUCUUUUUUUUCUUGUAAUAUUAAUAUUAUAAAAUUAUAAUUAAAAGGGGCCACAAGUUUAUUAGUUGUCUAACUAUUAGGUGUUACCCUUUAUAAAUAAAGUUUGAUUGACUGAUUGAUUGAUGGAUUGAUUGAUUGAUUGAUUGAUGACUUCCUCUAACAGGUUUCAAUCAAUGUUCAAACCGGUAUGGAAACGAAGAGGCAAAAGGACUGGGAGAAUAACAUUGAAAAAGAAGAGGACAAAAUUGAGGGAAAAGAGAAAGAAGAGUGAAAAAAUCUUAUUCUUGUUGUUGGCUCCUCUCUUUAAGUUAUUGUAUUCUGUAAUAUCUACUUAAAAUAUCGAAAUAAAGAGUUUGCUACAAAUAGUUACGGUUCAGUCUUUGUAUAUUAAGAUAAGAACUAAUGCAUGUCGAUUCCUACAGUUCAAAUGGGAGAACUGGAUUCCAUAUAAAUGGUAAAAAACUCCUGUUGUUUUUUAAACGUUAUUGUGAAGAAGUAGUUUUAUUUACAGAUACUCUUUAUUUAUUGAUAUGUAUGUUUCGUCUGUUAAGGAAUUUAAUUUGAAAUCAUUUGCGUCAGUAUUCGGUGUCGUCAAAAGUUACCGCGUAGAAUUAAGUCGAAGGGUGGAGAGAAAACGGAUUGUGUAAAUUAUUAUUUACAAUUAUUAUUUAUUACGAUACAUUAAUCUAAAUCUGCUUGGGAUUCUUCUCUUUCAGACAAGCUUUAACUUGCCCAAAGUAUUUCAUUUAAUUUCAAAAGAAAAGUCAGGGAUCGAUAACAAAUAUACUAUUGGCUGGAAAACUCCAAAAAUUAAAUCUUUAGACCUUGUCAAAUAAGCUUUUUACCGAUAUGAUGUAGUGGUAUCGUAUUUGUUUAAUUGUGUUUUAUUUCUUUAUGUUUUCCCUUGUUAUAGCAAAGCGAUGUGGGUGUGGAUGUGGAUGUGGAUGUGGAGGUUGUGGAGAUGCCUUUGAUUCUGGCGGUUGUGACUAUAUGGGAGGCUGCGGCGGAGCUCAUGGAGGUGUCUACGGACCAGGCGGAUGUGGUGGAUGUGGAUGUGGUUGUGGACCUAGCUGCUGCGGUACAAAUGACUGGUGCGCUCCUGGUACCAUGUGCUCAAACUGUAAAGGAGGUUUCGGUCCCCCAAUCACUUGCUCGGGUUGUAACACUGGCUGUUGCCCAAGUCUUACUUUUCCUUGUGCUUUCGGUGCUACUGUCAACAACCCUGCCUGUGAAUGCUGCAAGGAGAAGACUCCACCUGGACAAUGUAAAUGGCCAUGCAUGUGGCCUUGCUGCUGCACCUGCACUCCUCCAAAGUUUGAGUUCAAACCUCUGAAACCCGAGCCCGUUUGCCACUGCCCUUCACCACACAGCCAUCACACUGCUUGUGGAUCACAUUGUUUCAGAAGAACAGGUAUGUAGCAGAUUAUUACAUUCCUACAGAUAAGCAAAACUACUCAUUCUAUAAUAAGGUUUUUUACAACAGCAAGAUAAAGCAAAACUAAGACGAGAUCGAUGGAAAAUAUGUAUCUGUGUUCCUGUAAAAGGCUUUGAAUAAAAACUCCUAUAAAUGUCUUAGUAUCCAAUUAACUUUAGUAUCCUUUAUUCCCUGUUACACAGGUAAAGGUCCUGUGAAACGAAGUUUGAUGAAGGAACAGUCCCCCAGACUCAUGGCAGCUACAUUUAGGCAUGACUAUGCAGCAUUCUACAACCCUUUCGUUUAUAAUGCUCCAAGGAUGGUUUUUCCGAGGCUAUUUUAAAAAGAUUUUUAAGGUAAAUUCAUUAACGUGUUUGUGUAAACUAGACAAAAACUUGCAAAAUGACAUUACUGAACAAUAAUCUGCAGUCUCCUCAUUCACUCUUGCUCUAUCCUCAUCCUGUUUAGGUUCCCUCAUUUUUAUUGUAGAAAUUCUUUAAAGAUCGUCUCUCGAUAGCGCUGCCCUUCAGCCAGGGUGAUGAUAAGCUUUACUUACUAAAGAUACAAAUUGAAUAUGAAAAAUACCUCCAUAAUAAACACUGGGCAACUAGACUUCCGAUUCAAACAAACGCCUCGCUUACCAGGUAGCAUUAAAGAUAAAGACAUGAAUCUUUGGUUUGCCCCCUUACUCCCAAACACGAAGCAAGACGGGAGGGAAUAACAUAUUGUUGUUAUAAUAAUAAUAAUAAUUAUAAUAAUUAUUAUUAUUAUAUUAUUGCAGUCACCAUCUAUCUUCUCAUUGGCUAAGAGCCUACAAUUUUGGAAAUCAGCGCAACUUACAGAUCAGUUAGUUAUCUGUUAGUAGAUUAGUGACUAAUCUGUAGGUUGCGCAUACAAUUCAUGGUUUCCAUCAUCAAUGUCAAACUGUGUUCCAUGCGAUGCUGUGUUUGUUCUUAAUUUUCUUCAAAAAAACAUGAUGAAACCUUCGGCCAUGAUUUUUCCGGAUAUCACUUAAACCUCAUGCAAUAAUUGUUUAGAAAAUGCUUAGAACUAUACUGCCCCCUGAUGAUGCAGAAAAAUAUUUUCCCGCUUUCUUUAGAUGACGUACAUAGAUGGAAAACUGGGAUUUCUUCUACUUGGCAGCUCAAUGGCCCCUAAAUCAGGGAAGUAAGCCUGUAAGGAUCAUAGAAGAAAUGAAGACUUGACAAAGCGGAAUAUGAUUCCAAGGAGAUACAUAUAAAAAAUAACACAAAUUGAUUGUAUGAAUUACUGAAACGUUGAACAAUAAAUCAAUUCAAAAUUUGAAUAUCAUUUGCGUGCGUUUUUUCCUUUCAGCGUAUUCUUUUUUAACUCUUUCAUUCCCAGUAUGUCAACCCUUUUUCAUGUGAAAUAUAGUUGACUUUAAAAAAUACUCCACAUAUCAAUGGCAUUUCAGGUAGUGCCUAUUCAUAGUUCUGAUCAUUUUAAGCUAAUAUGUAGUAUCUAGUGAGUGUGUGGCUUGGGUGUGUUUUUAAAAAUCACGCGAGCUGUUUCGUUGUUAAAAAUCUCAAUAAUCUGUGGUCCAUUGACACCCCAAUUAUCCCGCCUGAAAUCUAAUCAUUCGUUUUAUCUUCUUAAUGAUACUUUGACCGUUGGAUUAAGUCUAUCAAAAAAAGAGAGAAAAUUGUCUUAUGCUGAAUGUGAUAGAUUUCCUAGCGUUCCUAACAUACGCCUUUGUUCAUUCUACCCAUUAUUCUGUAGGUUACCCCAUUUGAACCACUAUCGAAAAAAACGUAUUAAUAAGUAUAUUAAAGAUAUAAGGUGGCGAUAGCAAUUAUUACGUUCAUACCAGCCUGAAGCCUGCCGGUUACAUCAAUCAACUUUAGGGAAUCAGCCAUACCCCUCACUCUCCAAUUCAAUUUGUUUGUAGAUCUAGAAUUAUCCACUUUAAGAUAACUUUUAAUGCAGGGGCAACAUAAUAACCGUCUUCCCUUCACUGCAGUAGCCUCCCACGCAGACGUACGUUCAUUUGGCCCAUACAAACUUCUGCGUGGGAGGCUUGAAACUUAGCUUCCUCGAGCGGUUGUUAUACAAUGAUCUAGGACCUGGCCCAUCCUGUGAUGUUUGAGAUGUAUCUGGGUUUCCCGGGAUUAUAUGACUCACAAUAAACAGAAAUGCAUGUGUCCAAUUUCUUGCCUAAUGGAGGCCUUCUCUAAUUUCGGUCUCCUAUUGAUAUAAUGUCAUCAUUACAGUCGUGCCAUGAGGUUAUGGUGUUAACAAAAAGGACAGAAUACAGUAAAAAGAUGAUUAGUGAGGAAGAUUACUAUUUGCCGUUCACUCUUAGCCUAUCUAUACUUCAUUCAGUUUUAGGGAGACGCCAGUCUUGUGAGGGAUGUUGUGGAUGUUGCAGUUGUCCAAAUGACUGUUGGGCGGGUGGAACCAUGUGCUCCAACUGUAAAGGAGGUUUCUAUCCACCAAUAACCUGCAGUGGGUGCAACGCCGGCUGCUGUCCUGGCAUAACAUUCCCCUGCGUCUUCGAUGUUACUGUAAACAACCCUUGCUCAAUGUGACACUCAUGAAAAAUGAUGGUAUACGUUCACUUAGUAUUAACAGACACCCAGGCCAUCCUAUUUGUUUUAACAGAGGAUAACUCUACCCGCGCAUAAAUCUUGAUCGGGGAUCGAAAAAAUCCGCAAUAAAAGAUCGAUCACGGUUUAUCUUCUCUCUAUAGAUUUAUGCUGGUGCAAAAAAUGACUUUGGGAAGAAGGUAAAAGGAGGCCAUACAUUUUUUACUCAGUUUUUCAGUGGCUGAUAAUUCAUUUUUGAAGCUCCAAAUAAAAAGCAAUUUUUUGUUGCCCUUUUGAAAGAACACUUCCUAAUCUAGGUGUGUCAUAAUUAUAAGAUCAUUUUUGAACUGGGUGAAAACUUAUGUUAUCAUUGUAAUUGAUAAAUCUAAUUCUUUUUAACCCUUUUUUCUGCGGGAAAAAUGCCUAAAAGAGACUGCUCAUGUUGAAACGGUUGUCGUUUUACUCCACAUAAUUGAAAGCUACGUAUGGUUACAUUUUGUACUUCUAAAGCAAUUUUAGGACGCUUUAGGUGUUUAAUUAGUGUAAAAGAAUGUCUUAUUUUGAAUUCACUGAUUACCACUUGGUAGUUCAGGCCAUUGUCUCUAGUGAUAGAACAACCCGAAUAACCUGCUGUUAAAUAAAACAAAGCAAAUUCUUGGACUUCGCUUAUCUUGCCUCAGGAUCACUUAAGAUAAUUUGUCGAUGAGACAAUGCUACUUAAAACAAAUUGGUCGAAUCUGGGAAAUAAUCGACUUCUAUUAUCACUGUUGUUUUUCUGCGUUAUUAUGAAUAUACCUGACCAAUGUAUAGCAUUGGUUUACUUAAGGGGGCUCCGUGCGAAAAAGGUGGCUGAUAUUUUGAAUGACUUGAAACCGUCGACAAGUAAAACUGGUUUCAACGAAACGACCUUAUACAUUGAAAAAGGAAAUGGAAACACGGAGCAACAAGGAUCGACUGACCGUGGAUUCGCUAGAACAGUGGAUAAAGUCAAGCUAAAGAGAGUUUGUAAACUUUUACAGAACGCCUUAGGUACAAUGGAGAAAUUAGACUCUGAUUAUCAUAACAGAGUUGUUUCAAAACAGGAAGAUAAGUCUCAGAGAUCAGAGCCAAAGCCAAAAUCGACUCCGUCUCUUUGCUUUUGCCCAUGCGGCUGCGGAGGAUGUUGUCUCAUGCGUCCAAUGAUUAUGUACAAGGUAAAAUAUAAGCCACCCAAAUUUAAGAUGCGAGCUCUAAAGGCGAAAACAAAAUGUGGUAAUCCCCUUUAUGGCUUCUGUCUUGGUAGGAAAAAAAGAUAAUCAUUUUUAACAUGAAAUUACUGAAGACCACUAACUUAUUUCUUGGGGUUCGUCGAACAAAUUGGUUCGGUAAAUCUGUAGAGAACAACUUCCUACGUCACGAAGAAUUUUUUAAUAGGGGUAAGUAAUAAGGAGGCGCCCAUUCUAAUUCUGGUCUCGUCUUAAAAUGUCCAUUAUAAAACAGUCGAUGAUCUAUCUAUAAUUCACAAAUGCUAGUUAAAGCGAUCGAAAAGGCGGCAAAUCGUUGGCAGGUUAUAACUGAAAAUCCGUUUAUAAACGAUUGAUGACGGUCCACUACACGAAUGUUAUAAAAAUUAAUUGAACGUUAUAUUAAACAAACGUAGCGAUUUAUUCAGCUUAUUUUGUAUUACACAAUGUAGAGGCCAGCUCAAGAUAGAACUUCCAGAAUACAACUGUGACAUCCCGAUUAAAAAAACCCUAUAUGACAAACACCCUACUACAACAAAUAUUCUUCACCCAGCAGUUGAAAUAAAGCGAAGUGAAUAACACCCAAUAUCAGUUACUCUCGUUGUAACGAAUAAUUUUUUUAGAUCCUUUUUAAGCUCUUAUUACACUGGGGUCUCACUGUUUUAAAAGGCCUGCUAAUUUCCAGAGUCAUUGUCAGAGAGCAUUGUUUUCUCCUUCUUUCAGUGCUAUGAAGCAUAAAUAAAAACGUCAUUUAAAUCUCAUUUAGCUUUCAAUGAAGUGAGUAUCAUAGUUACUUAUUGGUUUGGAGGUCACCUAGAAAAUCUCUUAAGCUAUCGGGUCUACUUAAAACGAAGAUAUAGUGACCCCAAUGGGUAUACAUUAUUAACCAUAAAUUGCGAUUUGAUAAUACUAUAACCUGCCAACUUAAUUGUUCAACAGCACUUUACAACAUGGUGGUAAAAGCUCUUGAGAUUUCUUUUAACUUCCACUUAUUAAUUUGGGAUAUAACUCAGGGAUCGCUGCAUAUGGUAUCGCGUAAAUCAUUUGGCUACUGACAGAACAAAAAUAUGAGACAGAUAGACAGAAAAAGGAAGGCCAAUGGAGCGACAUGUUUAAAGUGUUCACGUUUUUGGUGAUACUAACAUCAUUCAAAGAUAUAGCAUUUACCAAGGAAAGUAUCAACAAUUCUUUCAUCAACGAAUACUUUAACUUCUAUAAACUUUUGCAAGAAAACAAGGAUUUUAAUGGAUUAGUUCUCAAGGUCUCAAAUAAUCUGAAGCACGUUCCAAGAUCCAUUUUGGUAGUAGAAAAAAAUGGCAAUGGGUUUUCUGUUACGAAACGAAGUGAGGAGGAAACGCCUGACGGCCCAAUUCAUGAGAUUUCAAGGGAGUACUUUAAACGAUUGUACUUGGUUUUAAAAAAUGCACUGAAAACCCUAAAUGAAAAGGAAAACGACGAAAGUAGUGAUGAGAGCUCAAGAAUUGACUUGGAAGGUGAAAAUAAGCACGCCCCUGACCUCGAAGGUAAUUCAAAGAAAAUUAAAGAUAAAGACAGAGAAAAUGAAUCAAAGGAGAAGGAUAAGUCUGGAGAUUCUUCAGAACAGAGUGGGUCCGUCUGCUUUAUGCCUUGUGGUGGGGCAGGGAGUAGUUGUUUUAAUCCAGCGGCUUGCGGUUGCUCAUGCUCCGACUGUUUUCCUUGUCAACCUCAGUCUUGCAUGAUGCCACCAUGUUGUCCUUGCUGUUGCAACCCUGGAGCAAAAAAGCUAGAAGAUGUCUGGAUGGUGCCUACAUUGAUUGUAGCUAAGCCUGUUCCAGCACCUCCACCACCAGGAGAAGGGCCAAAACUCUGGCUUCCAUCUUGGUUAACAAAUCAACUGGGGCUUCCUCCUUCUGCCGACGUCAGCGGGAGUGAAGAGAAAGAAGGAAGUAAAAGCGUGGCCGCUGGGGGAGGCGGUGGUGGUGCAGCUGGUGGUGGGACAGCUGGAGCUGAAGGUGGUGGAGCUGGAGGAGGCGGUGGUGGUGCAGCUGGGGCUGGAGGUGGUGGAGCGGCUGAAGGAGGAGGAGGGGCAGCUGGCGGUGGAGCAGCUGGUGCUGGAGGUGGUGGAGCGGCUGGAGGAGGAGGCGGAGGUGCAGCUGGUGGUGGAGCAGCUGGAGCUGGAGGCGGUGGAGCAGCGGGAGGAGGCGGUGGUGGUGCAGCUGGUGGUGGGGCAGCUGGAGCUGAAGGUGGUGGAGAUGGAGGAGGCGGUGGUGGUGCAGCUGGUGGUGGAGCAGCUGGGGCUGGAGGUGGUGGAGCGGCUGAAGGAGGAGGAGGGGCAGCCGGCGGUGGAGCAGCUGGUGCUGGAGGUGGUGGAGCGGCUGGAGGAGGAGGCGGAGGUGCAGCUGGUGGUGGAGCAGCUGGAGCUGGAGGCGGUGGAGAUGGAGGAGGCGGUGGUGGUGCAGCUGGUGGUGGGGCAGCUGGGGCUGGAGGUGGUGGAGCGGCUGAAGGAGGAGGAGGGGCAGCUGGUGCUGGAGGUGGUGGAGCGGCUGAAGGAGGAGGCGGAGGUGCAGCUGGUGGUGGAGCAGCUGGAGCUGGAGGCGGUGGAGCAUCGAGAGGAGGCGGUAGUGGUGCAGCUGGUGGUGGUGGUGGAGCAGCUGGAGGUGGUGGAGCGGCUGAAGGAGGUGGGGGAAGUGAAGCUGGAGGUGGAGCAGCAGGAGGAGGUGUUGGAGGUGCAGCUGGAGGAGGCGGUGGUGGUGCAGCUGCAGGUGGAACAGGAGGAGGUGGUGGUGUUACCUCUGGUGGUGGAGCAGCUGUAGGAGGAGGUGGUUGGGCAGCUGGUGGGGUUGGUGGUGGAGCAGCUGGAGCUGGAGCAGCAGGAGGAGGCGGUGGUGCCACGGCUAGUGGUGGUGCAGCUGGAAAAGGUGGUAGUUGGGAAGGAAGCUCAACUUGGAAAGUUGGUGGCGGU